AUGAUUACUCUGAGCCGAGACGUUAAUCACACAAACCAAACGUUACUAAAUAAUCACAAUACUGACAACGACGUCGCGACCAGCGACCAACGUACCUUUAACGACGUUCUCGCAGGUGACGUACAAGCUGUCGUCUCGAGCUCGGAUGUGAAUAACUCGGGUACAGACGUGACGCGUAAAAACGAUCACGAACGAAAUGUACGUUCUGAUGAUGAAUUAGACGGGCAGAAUAUCGACCUACACGUCCAUAGAACGAGAGCAGACAUCGUAGCAGAAGCGGAGAUGUCUCCUCUCAGUGGGAACGGGCGUUCGAGUGAAAUAGAGGCUUAUGAAGCAGAUACUAAAAUGAACGCUCAUAGUGAUCCAAAUGAAAAUUAUGACGAAUCAGACGUGUACGAUGAUAAUACAGAUAUACGUAAGGUACAUGAAUCAGACGUGUACGAUGAUAAUACAGAGUCACGUAACGUACGUGAAACAGACGUAUACGAUGAUCAUACAGACUUACGUAACGUACGUGAAACAGAUCUGUAUGAUGACAACACAGAUACACGUAACGUACAUGAAACAGAUCUGUAUGAUGAUAACACAGACCCAGAUAGUGUACGUGAGACAGAUGUGUUAAAUGACACCGAGUUAUAUCCUGACGGCGACGCCGUAGUGUCGCCCUCAGCAGGAGCGAGUCGCCCGAAGCGCGCGCCGCCCCCCGAGGACGCGGGCCUGCCGCUGUGGAGCCUCCGGGAGCAGGAGGUCCUCAAGCGCAGGAUCCUCGACGGGCUUGGCAUGAGGAGUGCACCUCCCAAGCAUGUGUACAACGUGACGAAGGAGGAGUACGAGGCAGCAUACGCUGAGUACCUGAGGGCUGUGGCGCUGGAGGAGGAGCGGGAGGAACAGCUUGCGGAGGCCAGGUAUAGGAGCCUUUAUCCUGACGACGACCACGACGAACUGAACGAGGACGAGGACAUCGUUGACGGUACCUGGGACGAUGACAAGCAAGACGACACUGCACUUGCCAAGUACGAGUUCUACAGCACGAAGAUAUCGCGGCCAUCCCGAGGUCGUGCUCGUCGCAGCUUACCCAAUGGUGACCGGAUCGCACACUUCCACGUUACCGUGCCCAUGAGCGUGGAUGACAUCCAAGUCGUGUGGGCGAAGGGAACUUUCUUCAAAAAAGGCAACCCCAACACCAGAUCUGAUGACCCGAAGACAGUUUUCAUGCAGCUUUAUCGUAUUGAUGACAUCAAGAGGUUCAGAGCUAAACACAAAAGCGGAGGGCCGGGUAAGGACCAGCUUCUCAGUUCCUUCAACUUAACCGUGACCGGUGAUGAAACUCUCGAAGUUAACAUGACUGAGGCAGUCAAGUCGUGGCUGGAAUCCUCUAAGUCUGACACUGGAGUUCUGAUCCGAUGUCCUGAUUGCAUGGCACUCGGAGUCCAGAUUCGGACGGGAGGAACGUCUCAUGUGCCGACACUGCAUGUGCAGACGCGCCUCUCAGCAACGAGGCGGGUAAAGCGAUCUCGUGAAUUGAGACGAGCUACUCGUGUUAAAUUAAGACAGUUGGGAGACUGCAAAGAUGGUCCUCACGACACCAGGCAUCCGAACCGCUGCUGCAAGCGGUCAAUGACAGUUCGCUUCGACGACUUGCCAGGAUUUGACUUUAUUGCGGCUCCUAAAGACUUUGACGCGUAUUAUUGCAGUGGCAAGUGCCCACCCAGGUAUAAUCCUGCCAAUGAACACGCUCUCCUACAAUCUCUUAUUAACAUGCAAAAAAAGAAAGAAGUUCCACGGCCGUGCUGCGCACCCACAGACCUGAAAGGUCUCUAUAUCCUCCAUUACGAUCACUCUGGUAAAUUGAAAACAGUUCUUUGGAGGGAUGUCAUAGUGACUGAGUGCGGUUGCACCUAAUCUGAGAGUUUAAGCGAACUAUGUUAGAACAAAAACUCAACACUCGAUCUCAUUUAUGCCAACAAACAGUGUUCAUGAGUUUGUUGGUACAAAGAGUUUAUUUGUGACCAUACUAGUCAUUCUGAAUACGCUUUCUGUACCUUUAGUAGCCCUCGUAACCACAAACAUAUCACGUUGGUUGACGAGCAGAUCAUCAACAAAGAGAUGGGGGCACACGAGCCACUGGCUUUCAAAGUCUUCAAGUGUGUUAUCUUCCAUUGGAUACAUUCCAUUAAUAUCAAAUGCACGAAGAAGUUGCAGAUCAAGAGGGUGAGCAUGACGAGUGGGCAAAUUCAGCCUACAUCCAGCACGUGUCUGUGAAGUGCAUAGUUGUCACCUAAGCCUGGAGCUGUCGUAAUGCGCGAGAAGUUGAAGCAUGGCAAGUGAGGUUCUGAAUAUUCAGGAGAAGCACAUCGCGUUAGUUGUUGACUAUAACCAUAGCGAACUUAAUUAGUGGUAGAUAAGCGGAUGUUCCUCUCUAUUUUAUGAAGUUAUUUUUUCGAUUUCUGUAUGUUCUUGCUGUUAGACGAGCUUCGAUACGUUUCUUAUGAUGUCAAUGAUAGUUUUACCUCUAUGUUGAUAAUGUUAUCAGUAUUUAAUUACUAUGUAGACUGUGUAUAAAGUAUCCUAAGAAAUCAUUUAUUUCAUUCAGGUGUUAUUAAGCGAGGUAAUAUCUAUCAGUAUUUUAAUACUUUUAUAUAUUGAUAGAAUUUUUCCUAACUACUGGUUAAAUCUGCAGUCUUUACUUGUUCUAUUAAAACUUCUAGCUUCAGCGAAGAGCUCCUGUUCAGAAACUGAUAUGGUUAAUCAUGUCCUAAGGUCAUGUGAAUCGAGUCAUAAUCUUCUAUUUUCUUAUUCAUUUCAGGUAUAAAGAUUAGUAUUUAAAUCUAAUCCUGUUAUUUGUACUUAUUUACACCUCGAGCACUCGAUAAUCAUAUAAGAUGAAGAAUGUGUCUCUAAUUUUUGCCUGUUCAUCUCAUGGUCUUAUUUUCUUCUUAACACACUUUGUAAACUGUUCAAAUAUUUUUUCACGUGUCAUGUUCUUGAUGUUCAAUGUUAACUUUUUCGAGGUUUACUUCAUUUGUCGCACUAGUGCGAUUAUCAGUAUAGUUUACAAUGGCAAUCGACAAUAUCAUUAUUAUACAGUAGGAAACUCAAAGCCAUGCGAUCAAUUUAUGCCUUUAAACUAACGUAUCUAUAUCAUUGCUAGAAACAUAUCUAAGUAUUCAUGAAAAAUAAGGUGAACUAGAGAGAACAUAUCCUCGACCUAAAGGGCUUUUUAGCAUAUCACUUUUAACGGCUAUAGUAUUGUGGUCAUUAUAUCAUAUCAGUUAUAAGAUUCCUACCGAAUUUUCACACAUUUCUCGAAAUUACGAACCAGGCAAAGGGAAAAAUAGGCAAAUAUUUCCUUUUAGGAUAUUAAUAUCUUGUAUCGCGGGCAUCCUGUGAAAUCUGUGGUCGUAAAAUCAUGCAGUUGCUCCUGAAUCUUCAUACAUCAAAACAUAGAUUUUAAGUUGUUUUAAACUCCGAAAAAUAAAUCGUGAAAAAUUACUUUCUGAAAAGUUACCCAUUGCGUAUACAUUUUAAUCUAUGACACGUACAUGUUCUUUACAUGUUCGUCGAAAACAUGUGCAUGUUUUGUGCAUGUUCUUCGACAGCGAUUUAAAAUGUUAUUUGUGUCAAUUUUAGUCGCUUAAACCAUUUGUUGCCUAAAUAUUUGUUUUACAUUUUUAGAUAUUUGAUU